ACAGGAGUGGUUUUGUGUAACAAACUUUAAUGACACUUAUUGCAUAUUACGCUUUUAGCUUUUGGGGAUUAAAAUAUCUGCUAAUUAUUGGUGGAAUAAUUGGCGCCUUUUUCAUUCCCGAAGCAUCUUUUGGUUCGGUAUGGAUGUACUUCGGAUUGAUCGGCGGCUUUCUCUUCAUACUGAUACAACUAAUUUUGAUUGUUGACUUCGCUCACUCAUGGGCCGACGCGUGGGUGGGCAAUUACGAGGAGACCGAAUCGAGAGGCUGGUACAUUGCACUUUUGGGCGUUACGUUUCUCAAUUACGCCCUCGCACUUACCGGUGUGGUGCUGCUCUAUGUCUUUUUCACUAAGGCCAAUGAUUGUAGCUUGAAUAAAUUCUUCAUUUCAAUUAACCUAAUUUUGGCAGUCGGUAUAAGUAUCGUAUCUGUUUUGCCUAAAGUGCAGGAAAAGCUGCCACGUUCUGGACUGUUGCAAUCGUCGAUUGUUUCUUUGUACACCAUCUACUUGACGUGGUCUACGGUCUCCAAUUCACCAGACUCUGAUUGUAAUCCUGGACUGUUGGGAAUAGUGGGCGCGAACUCUACAGCUAAGUCUACACAAUUGGGAUUUGAUGGACAGAGCAUUAUCGGUCUUGUGGUGUGGAUGGGUUGUAUUUUAUAUUCGUCU